AAUUAUUGACUCAAUUUUACUCAGUUUUGGUUAGAAUUUUACUCAAUUUUCUGAUAUUUUAUGUAUUAAUUAGAGAAAUUGAUUAAUUAGAGCGUUGAAAUGGUAGAAUUUGGAAUUGAUUGUUUUAAGUUGAAUAAAAUGGAUAUGAAAGCAUUGGCAAAAUCAAAGAGAGCUCAUUCAUUGCAUCAUAGCAAGAAGCAUCACCCGAACCCAGCAUCGAAAGCGGCUUCCAGUAGUUCAGGUGAUAAGAAGCCAGUUGGAAAGCAAGCCAAAGAGAAACCGGCCCAGUCUCAUGGCGCUAGACCCCUCCCGUCGAAUUGGGAUCGCUAUAAUGAAGAUUCUGAUGUGGGCUCUGAAGACACUGCCGGGACGAGCUCAAGUCAGCCAACUGAGUUUGUUAUGCCAAAGAGUAAAGGUGCAGAUUAUGGUCACUUGAUAUCGGAGGCCACAGCUCAGUCUGAAGCAAAUUAUUCUUCAGAUGUUUUAUCUUUGUUCGAUGAUGUUAUUCACGACUUUACUCAGGAUUUUGGUCCAAUGCUGGCUGCCAAGGGGCAAAGCAUACUUUCAUGGAUUGCAGAUGACAGUUUCGAGUUUGAAAGCAAAACAAGCUCCAAUUUUGAGGCACCUUUUCUUUCCCUUAAUUUGAAUGCUCUUGCUGAACAACUUGGAAAAGCAAAGCUCUCAGAGAGGUUGUUCCUAGAGCCAGAUCUAUUACCUCCAGAGCUGCUGGGUGAUGAGUCACAGGCUUGUGGUGAAGACAAUGAUUCUCAAACUGCAGUUGCAAUAGAUACUGGAACAUCGACUCUCGGUUAUAAACAGGAAGGUAGUAAGAAUUUUGAACAAUUCCGUGAACCUUCGUCAUUCACUACGACGUCUGGAAAUCUUUCUGUUCAAACCUCUGAAGGACUGAAGGCUAUAAAGCAAAUUAAGGAAGAUACCUUCCAGUCACAAGGAAACUACAGAAGCAUUUCAUCAAAUCCCAUUUCAGAACGCAUUGUGGAUUCGACUUCUGGGAACCCACCUAUAUUUGAGGCAGCAAGUGCAGAAGCAGAACUUGACAUGCUUCUGAGCUCAUUUAAUGAAGCUAAGCUUCUUGGGUCAUCCAGCGCAGCAUCCACAGGAAUUCUGUCUACUGCUGCUGCCUCAGCUGAAACUCUGAAGAAAGGAACAGAUAUAAUGAAACCUGCAACGACGCCGGUCGAUGUAUAUGAUGGUAUUGAUGACCUACUUGAGGAAACUUCCCAUCUAAUCAAGACAGAGGGAAAACGGCCAUCGCAAAUGGUAACGCCGUCCCCUGAUGAUAUAUCUUCUGCCAUGAAUCCGACUUCCAAGUCUAAACUUCUUGAUGAUUUUGAUUCAUGGUUGGAUACAAUUUAAUUUUCAUCGACUGCAAAAAGAAUGUUUGUCUUUGUUACAAGGUAGUUGAUUGGUGGAUUCAUUUAUGUCAACCUUUUAGGUGUUGUUCUUCUUCCAAUCAAAUCUCAGAACCAUUAUAGUUAAAAACUGUGUGGCUGCAGAAUCUUUCUCCAUCCUCUACUGUGAAUCCGAGUUUUCAUUAUUUAUUUACAUCAGAAGAUUUAUUGACGCCUUCUUUUGUCUUCUCCCUAACUAGUUUUCCACGGGGGAAGGCUAGAUGAUUUGGGUUGAUCUGCUGACACGUGAGAUGAGACGACACUGCUGAUGCUACCUGUUGGAAUGUUAUUACCUUUUCUUUCCCCCUUUGUGACAAAUAGAUUUAGGCAUUAUAAAGUUAAUGUUGUAAAUCCAUGGUUACAAGGUUUAGUGUUAUCUGGAACAUGUACCAAUUCUUCCUGGCUACCAACUGCAUUCUUAGUAACAAAGCGAGCAGUCCUUUUGCUU